AUGGCAUCUUCAAUUAACAAUUAUAUUCAUAAAUUUGAAGAUAUAAUUAAAGGAUAUGUAUAUGAAGGUCCACUUACACCAUUCUGGAGUCUUCUUGAACAAAAGACUAAACUUAAACGUGAACGUAUUGCUUUAGGUUUACUUGGUUUUAUUGCUAUCUAUUUGGUUCUUGGUUGGGCUAAAGAUUUUGUUUGUAAUUUUAUUGGAUUUAUUUAUCCCGCAUAUGCUUCAGUUUUAGCUGUUGAAUCAACAGUCACACAUGAUGAUACAGAAUGGUUGAUCUAUUGGAUUGUUUAUGCAUCAUUUGGAUUUGCUGAGUAUAUUGGAUAUGCAUUUUUUCAUUCAUUACCAUUUUAUUGGCUUGGUAAAUGUGCUUUUCUUAUAUGGUUAAUGAUUCCAGGAGAAAAAGGUGGUUCUUAUAUUCUAUAUCAUCGUUUUAUCCGUCCAUUUGUACUUAAGCAUCAUCCUGUUAUUGAUAAACAUAUUCAAGAUGCUAAAGAGCAAAUCAAGAAAUAUUCCAGCAAUGGUAAUAAAUAG